CAUACCAGAAGGAUAUUUAUUCUAAUUCAUUAUGUACAACUUACUAAAUGGUUCUUGGUUAACAGUUUCUGUAAGCAAGGUGGGUGACAAGGUUUUCUCUUACCAUAAGAGCUUUCCCAGCUCACCAUCACUGUUCCUGAUCAAUUAGCCUUAGCAGUGCACUGUCCUUGGGAGGCCAUGGUAUAUGCUGAUUUAAACUCUUUCAGGAUUUUUCCACAUGAAAAGUUUUUACAAGUUUUAAAAUAGGAGAGAGUCAAACAUAUUUCCUGAACUGCUGAUUGCCUUGAAGCUCUAGCAGAGCUAGGUACUCAUCUUUUGUCAUUCCUGCCUCCCCAUCUUGGACCAUUGGCUCCUGAGCCAUGUAUUCUGUCCUGAAGCACAGGACCUAGUCAGAAAUGUGCUGUGGAAACCAGAGUAAUUCAGGGCAAUCAUACUCCUUUCACUUUCUUUAUAUGACACAACAUCAAUGACUAGAACUAGCAAAGUGAUGCUCAAUUCAGUAAAAAUUUGAGGUAAUAAAAGAUUGUGAAAACAAACAAAUGCAAGGCUGCAUUAACCUUUAAGGAGAUCAGCACAGCUCAGGAACAGUCACGCUCAUCUAAUUCAAAUUGCUUCAGGUAUGAGCACAGGUAUUCUGAGACUUCUGCUUUGUGGGUUUCAGCCUCAUUAUUCUUCUUUUAAAUGGUUCCUCAAAUCACAUAAACAUAAUGCAAAGAAGAAAAGAAAUAGAGGUGUAUCGACACGUGACAGAAACUAGUGAGACAUAACUGCAGCCAGAGACAUGCACAGACAUGGUGAAGUCUAAGGAUGCAGAUAAACUGGGUUUUGCCCACACCCAAGUCAGACACAACACAGCUUCAGAGAUGCAGAGCGCUGGGUCUCCGAGGGACUCGCUUCAAGAAACCUUCACCAUGUUCCUUGCUAAAGCUUUGCUGAGUGGAGGAAGCGGCAGCAGUCGUGGAGGAGGCCUUGCCCGAGGCCUUGGAGGGCUCCUGGCAGGGGGUGGAGGCGCAGGGAAUGUUGGAGGACUUGUUGGAGGUCUCGUCAGCCUUAUCAGCGAAGCAGCAGCUCAGUAUAACCCAGAGCCACCCCCAACUCCUCGCACUCAUUUUACCAACGUGGAAGCUCAGGAGAGCGACGAGAUCAGGCAGUUCCGCCGCCUGUUUGCCCAGCUGGCUGGGGAUGAUAUGGAAGUGUGUGCCACGGAGCUGAGGGACAUCCUGAACAAAGUCCUGUCCAGACACCAGGACCUGAAGACGGAGGGCUUCAGCUUGGACACGUGCCGUAGCAUGGUGGCCGUCAUGGACAGCGAUGGCAGCGGCAAGCUGGGCUUUGAGGAGUUCAAGUACCUGUGGACCAACAUCAAGAAGUGGCAGUGUGUGUACAGGCAGUGUGACCCUGCUCGGUCGGGCCGUGUGGGGAGAGCCCGGCUGCCCCAGGCCCUGCAGGCCGCGGGGUUCCAGCUGAGCGAGCAGCUGUGCCAGCUCAUCGUGCGCAGGUACGCGGCCGAGGACGGCGGCGUGGACUUCAACAGCUUCAUCAGCUGCCUGGUGCGCCUGGACGGCACGUUCAGGGCCUUCAGGGCCCUGGAGCAGCGCGGCAGCGGCCGCGUCAGCGUCACCAUGGAAGACUGGCUGCAGCUGACCAUGUAUUCCUGAGGGCCUGGCAGAGGCAGCUGUCUGGAGGGCUGCAGUGCUCUCUGUGCCUUUACACUUUCCAAGGCAGAUGUAGCUAGUGCUAAAUGGCUCAGCUUCAGGUGUAGUGAUUCCUCUUGUGCAUGCACUAGUCUGCUUUGCUUUGUGUAGGUUGUUGAUUGGGCAGUUGCAUAAGUCUGUCUUCAGAAAAUUCUAGACUCUAAGGUUAGUGAAUAUAUUGGAAAGAUCAAAGCUUAGUUUCUUUUUCAUGUGAAGUGGCUUGUAUAUGAAUAUAACUGUUAUAUGAAAAAGCUCCUAAGUUUGCUGUUGAUGUUGCUGUUCUGAUUUGUCAGCAGUCACUAAGCUGCAAUAAAGGCUGUUUGCCUGAAGGCAGUCAGUUGUAGAGUCUUGUGCAGUCAUUUCUAACAAGGGGAAAAUGAGUAGCAAUAACUGUAAUGAUCAGUGAACUUAUAUAAUCAUUCAAUUUCCUUUCUAAUUCUGCUUUUUCAUGCUUGGCUGCUGAAGCAAAACCUCAGUUCUACUGUCAUGGCCAGGACAAAAUUGAAGACUUACACGAGGCUACUUCUGCAAUGGUCUUCUCCUUCCUACAGUUCUAUGAACUUUUCUCUCUUUUCUUCAAGCCUAAGCAUAGUUAUGAAGCAAACAACUUAAAAUACUACAUUUAUAUUUAGAGAAACUUGAAAUAAUUAUGCAGUCACAUAGCAGACAGACAGCCAAAGUCAACCUCUGGCUAUCUGAGUGAAAUUUCACCAGAGUGCAGCAUCCCACACUUGAGUCAGUUAUGUAGUUCUGGCUAAUAAGUCAACUUCUGAGUAAAAAAAAAAAAAAAAAAAAAAGUAAUAACAUGAACUGUCAAAGGUGCAUUUCUCUGAAUUAAGGAUUACAUUGUUGAUCAAAACAGCUCUUGCACAAGGCAGAUUUCUUGGCAAGGCUCUGCUGCUUUAAAGGAAAAUUGUCUUGGGUGUGUGCGAGUUGGCUGGAGUGUGAAAAGAUGAGUUAAAUAGGCAGCCUGGCUCUAGAGGCAGUCUCCAGAUGUGAGAGUCCUCAUGCCCCAGGGACACAGCAGUGACUCCUUGAGAAAUACCACACAAUACCUGCAGGCCAUCUGCAUGUUCAUGGGGUGCUGUGGUUUGGUUUGAUUUGGUCUGUAAAUUUCCAUAGUUUUAAUUUCUAAAUCUUGCACUUACACUUGGCAAAUAGUAUUUUUCAAAUUGAUGAGAUAUCCUCCCUGGUAUACUGCAGAAACCUUUUACUUGAAACUAACUUAAAAUUUGUGCCCAGACCUUUUCCUCCUGCACUUUGAUUAAUAGCAAACAGAAAAAUAUUCAUAUUGUCCCAGAGAAAAGAGGCAAGUUCCUUCCUAAUGGCAUUCAGCCUCCUCCCAGUUCUUCAGUGGAAAAGCACUCAGUUAUCCAUUGUGCCACACAGUGCCAUUUGGGCUCUGAGUAAUAGAAAAGUGAGCAGGAGGUAAAGUGUGACACCUCCUCAAAAGUAUUGAUUCAGUAGUGCUUUUAAACUUUAUGCUGCAUCUGGCUUGCAGUCCCUGUGCAAAUCUAAAUGGACAAUUCUUAUGACAGUGCAACUUUCUUGUUUUCCAAAGUCUAAGAUUUGUGUUAAAAAAAAAAAAUAACAACAAAACCCCGGUUACCAUAGCAUGCUGUAGGGGAAAUAGUAGCAGAAAGCUGGCUUCCUUAAGGAAAACAAAAGUUGUUAAGGUUACAUUAUAUUUUGAUUGUUUUGUGUGGCAUAACUGCAAAUACCCAAAUUCUGAUGUUCUACUUUGCCAUUUAGAGAACUCAGUUCACACGUUGCUUCCUUAAAAUAUUCUUGGGUGCAUAGGCUGCAAACACUGUUAGAUAGGUGUAGAAAGACAAUUGCAGCUGAAUUUUGCUGUGGUGUUACACAAGCACUGAAGGUUUCCCUGUAUGUUCAGUUUAACAUCCAUUUCUUUUUCCAGGCAGCAACCCCUUCAUUUCUCUUUAACCAGAAUGCCAGAGCAUUUGGAAGUUAGCCAGCAUUCUAGACUUUAGUAGAACUAGUCACAACAUGAUCUUGCAAGCAUAGUAACUUUAUUUCCUACUAAAAUGGCUGGAGUUCUGUCUAUCAGAUUGCACUCAGUUUUGAUUACUGAGUUUUGCACUUUAAUGAAAGUAAUAUGACCUUUAUUAUGUCUUUUUUCUUGCCAUAUAUCCAUGUGCAGCCACAGCUGUGUUAACUUCUUUCAGAAGUUGUUUUUAAUUAAAUAAUUGUAGUUUACUUCCCAAUUCUUUUACUGGGAUACAUAUUCUUAACUUUGAAAAUAAAUUUUUUAAGUAUUUUAAUCACAUCAAAAAAUCCUUUGCUAAGAAUACAGUCUACAAAACUGUCCAAAAAUAAUAUUCUAUGGAGCCUUGAACAAUUAUUAUCUGCAUUCUUGCUGCAGUUGUUUUAAGACUUUGUGUUUGUAAUGUUACACUUUAAAGUUAGAUCUUUUAUCUCUGAGGAAUACAAUGUAGACAAAAUACUGAAAGUCAAAUUCUGUUCACCACAAUGAGAGCACAGAUUUGUAAAUAAAACUACGUGUAUGGGACAACAUUAUCCUUUUCUAAUGAUUAAAAGCUGUCAAAAGUUACAACCCUUAGACACCCAUGAAAGUAACUUAAGAGUUUGUAUCUUAUUUGUAUCUUUGCUCAAAAGUUUCCCUGAAAUUCUUGGGCUUCUGAAGUACAAGAUGUUCAAAGUCAAUCAAAAGAUCAAUCAAAAAGAUUAAUUAAAAGAUUAGAUGGUUAGACCAUCAAUAUAAAGAAGAUAGCAGUUGUCUAUGCAAGAGGGUCCUGCAUUGGUUUUGAAGGCUAAAUAAAAUUAUAGUUUAGACGUUUUAAAUCCUGUGAAAUGUCUAGCUUGAUGAUGGCAAGUUAGUAAUACUGAUUUCAUUAUAUUAUUACACAUAUUUUGUUAAUCAAGAACUAUCUUAAAAUCUAAAUUCAAUUACUAAAAUCCCUGUUUCAUAGCACCCAAUGUUUUCAAAGCACUCUACAGAGCAGCCUUAGCUUUUU